AACUGGCCCCCUAUUUAAAAAGUUUGAGGACCCCUGCGGUAUUGGAAAGCAUUUUUUUUCCUCAAAAGGCAGGACUUUAACUGAGAUUUAAAUGAAGUUAGAAGGUAGUAUCAAGGAAGAAAAUUCCAAGAAUGGGAGUAUAGGUGGCAAAAAUUUGAGAUGAAUGAUAUAUGUGAAGAAUAGCAAAGUAGAGUAGGUGUUACUCAGAAAUUCUGUUAAUUUGGGGAAUUUAUUUUGUAGCCUACAACUUUGUUGAAGCUGUUACAUGAGUUGUUUUCUUUAUUGAUGACCUAGGAUUUUAUAAAUAAACCACUGUCAUAAACGUAUAAGGAUAAUUUUAUACCUUUAUUCCUUUAUUUUCAUUGUACAGUCUUAAUUAUUUUUGCUAGCCUUUUGAAAGCUUUAUUAAGUAAUAGUAGGGAAGAUGAGUAUCCUGGCUUCUUUAUGUAUUACAAGUAACUGGUACUUAUCAAAAGCUUGAGAUAAUCAUUUUGGAUGUGUUUGUUUUUCAAGUUUUGAACCAUCCUUAAGUUCCUGGUUCAAAAUGAAUAAUUUCUUGGAUACAUAGUUAUAAUCUUUGAUGACAUUUCUUUUAAAAUGUUUGAAUCCAUAUUAAUUCUAUUGGUCUUUAGGUCUCCUUUGUUUUAUCCUUCUCUGGUUUUGGUGUCAAGACUACAUUUUGCUUAUAAAAGAAAUUUGGUUCAAUAGUUCCCUGACCCUGCAGCUUCUUCUUUUUAUAUUAAGAUCAAAGUAUUUCAGGACGUGCCCAACAGGCGAGCAUUUCACUAUAGAGGCAAGUAGAAUGCUGGAUAACAUAUUUGAAAAUCUAGUAGAAAGUGAUGAAGGAGAAAGCCCGGGAAGUAGUCAUAGGCCCCUUACUGAGGAAGAAAUAGCUGACCUAAGAGAGAGGCAUUAUGAUUCUAUUGCUGAAAAACAGAAAACAAUUAAUUUGAAAAUUCAAAGAGAGUUAGCCUUACAAGAAGAGAAGUUAAGACUAGAAGAAGAAGCUUUAUACGCUGCACAGCGUGAAGCAGCCAGGGCAGCAAAGCAGCGAAAGUUCUUGGAGCAAGAAAGGCAAAGGAUUAUGCAGCGAUCUCAUCAUGCUAACACUGGAGAAUAUCAAAGUUCAGGGGCAGAAGAAGACUUUGAAUAUUAUUUGAGAAAUACAAAGUCACAAUAUGAAGUUUUUCGAAGUAGUAGGCUUUCAUCAGAGGCCACAGUUUUGACCCCAAACACAGAAAGUAGUUGUGACUUAAUGACCAAAACCAAAUCAACGAGUGGAAAUGAUGACAGCACAUCCCUAGAUUUAGAGUGGGAAGAUGAAGAAGGAAUGAAUAGAAUGGUCCCAUUGAGAGAAAGGUCCAAAACCGAAGAGGAUAUUCUACAGGCUGCAUUAAAAUACAGUAGCAAGAAAACUGGAAGUAAUCCUACCUCUGCUUCUGAUGAUUCCAAUGGGCUGGAAUGGGAAAAUGAUUUUGUUAGCGCUGAAAUGGAUAACAAUGGUAAUUCAGAAUAUUCUGGAUUUGUGAACCCUGUUUUAGAAUUGAGUGCCUCUGAAUUAAAAAAAUCUGAAGCAGAUCAGCAAGAUAGAUAGGGAGAAAUUUUCUGGCCUUUUUAUCAGUCAUGACCAAAUGUUUAAAAUCAAAUAGAAUAUAUAUGUUUGUUCUGAGCCUUUUUUGUAAGGAAGAAAUUAUGUGAUAAAUGUUAAGUAGCAAAGAAUAAAAGUGAUGAAAUCUGUCUAAAUUCAGAAUUAAGUUUAAUUUCAUCAUGAUUCUGUCAUGCUUCUGAAUAUGUUGUAAAGAUUCUUGUUCAGGUACUAUUUGGAUUGGAUAGCCUCUGAGGUCCCUUGCAACUCUUAGAUUCUGUGAUUAUUAAAAACAGUCUGCUCUUAUUUAUGUACACCAAUUUAAUAUCUGUAAAUUUAAUUUGUUUCCUUGGAAAUAGCUUACAAUUUCAUUUUCUUUGCAUGGCCCUAAUAUUGUUUUAAAAAAUAACAUUUUUGUAUCAGAACAUGAAAAUAAUAAGGCUUUUUUUUUUUAGCAGCUACAAAAGGCACUAUUUCCUGAAGAUUUUUUUAAGCUUUCUCUGUUUUUUAUAAAUUGUUUGAAUCAUUCUAUACUACCACUGGAAUUCAGUAACCUUAACCAGAGCACUAAUAUUCAUUUCUAUCAAAUUGAUAAAGAUAGCAUGUUCAUGGUAUUAUUGCUAAACAGGAUUGCUAUGAGGCCUGUGAAAGAAAUGAGCACUCUCAGAAUUGGAAAUUUUUUCAUUAAUGAUUAUCAGACACAAAAUUGAGGAUAGAGCUUAAGUGUUCUACUUGAGAGUGACAUAUUCCUGCAAAGAGAGUGUUUACUUUAGAUUGAAUUUCCAAUUUCUAGCUAAGUUAUUUUUUAAAUCUAUAUUAGAUGAGUUUGGAAUAAUAAAAUAAAAAACUUGGACAGAGGACUAAAUUCUUUGCUGAAUAAAUAAUGUGGGAGUUCCUAAAAAGAAGCAAUAUAAGUAUUUUGAAGAAAUUUUUUCUUGUAUAAAAUAACAGAUUUUAUUUGGUUUUCUCUUGUAUUGUUUUUAUGUAUGAUAAAGGGAUGCUCUGAAAAGUAAAAUUAAGUGUAACUUAAAACUAUAAGUUAUAACUACUGCUAAGAUUCUACAAGAUGUCCUAAAAGUCUUAGUGUAGUUUUAAUCAACUUCAGACAACACCAAGAUUUUUAGGACACCAUACAUAUUAGGCCUUUCUUUUCUCUACUUCAUAAGGAAGCAAACUGCUUUUAAUUGAGCUGCAUUUCUUGAUUUUACUAGCAGAUCUAGCAUAAUUUCAAUAGCUAAAUUGUUGUUUCCUUAGUAGUUCUUUUUCUUAUAACAGUGUUAAUGUACUUUCUAAUAAGACACCAUAGAAAAACUAAGACACAAAUGGUGAUGAAAGUUCUUGCUGUAUUUUUUUAAAUCACAUGGCCAUUCAAUAUUUUAACUUGUCCUGAUAAGCAAGGGUAUCUGUAAAUUCAUCUCCUUUUUUAACUUGUAAAACUAAGAUACUGACUGAACAUGUAAAUAUAUUUCAUUAAAGAUGUAAUUAUUAUAUAAGUUUUGCCAUAAUUUAAGUUUGUAGCUAUGUCAUUUAAAAAUUUUUAAAUGUAAUCUACAUUCAUGCUGCCUGUAAUAUGCUUUUUAAAGUUUGUAUACAUCAGAUGUAUAUUUUUGUUUCGGCAUAAGCUACUUUCUAAUUUUUCUUGGUAUUUUGUCCAUAUUACAGACUUUUGAAGGAAUGGAAUCAACUUCUCAAAAGUUGUGAAUAAAUACAUUUUUGCAUUUAAAAAUAAAUCAUCUUGCUUGUUGCUGUUUCAGGCUUUUUAUCAACAAUAAAAAUAUUAUGACCACUGA